AAAGGGUGAGAGUGAGUUUUUAAAACAUCAGUUUUACCACGCUCUUUAAUAGACCUGAGGGAUGGGGUUACGUUUUAUUCUUCUGUAAGGCUGCCUUGUAAAGCCUGUCUCGGCUCCUGUCGGGGCUUAUGUUGCUAAUGAUACGCUGCUGCCACCAUGUGGCCAUAACCAUCCCUUCCACCCCAAAACCCCACUCUUCGGUGUUCUCGUCUCUAUAGCAACCAACUAGCUCGUAACCCGGGGCAGGCGAGAGCUUGGCAAUAAGGCAAAUACCGCAGCUCAACAGUGAGGUGAAGUGACGCUUGAGCAAAUCCGACAUGAACACCAUCUUCUCAAGAGACAGACAGAUAAAGAGCAUGGAGCUGACAGUGAGCCAUGCUGAGAAGUACCUGGGUCAGUUCUGCAGCCUGCUGGCCUCUUACACCUGGAAGACAGGCAAGCUGAGGGACCAGGCUGACAUGCUGGUCAGACAGCUCAAUGACUUCUCGAAUACUGAGGACCCAGAGCUCCGUACCUGUCUGAAGAACCUGGCUGAAGACCUGGCCAUGGUGCAGGACUACCGCCAGGCUGAGGUAGAGAGGCUGGAGAUCAAAGUCAUCACUCCCCUCAAAGCCUACGGUGAUAUUGUUGAAAACAAGAGAGCGGAUCUGAAGAGGUUCAAUGCUGAUCGGGACAGAGCGCUGAAAGAGCUGCAGAAACUGGAACUCCAACAGAAGAAUCCCUCUGAUAGACAAAGAAUUUCACAGGCAGAGGUGAAUGCUCAGAAGGCGACCAACAUCGCUCACCGCAGCACUAGACAACUGGAGGAGACCAUCAGUGACUUCCAGAGACAGAAACUGGAGGACAUCAAGAGGAUCUUCACAGACUUCAUCACAGUGGAGAUGGUGUUCCAUGCCAAGGCUCUUGAGGUCUACACACACACCUUCCAGAACCUGGACAGCAUGGACAUAGACAAGGACCUGGAGCUGUUCACUGGGAGGAUCAGGGUGUCUGACGGCCCUCUGGACAACCAGACCUUGCUGCCCUCCUCUAUGGCCCACCAGCCUAGUCCCACCCUGGGCUCCAGCCUCAAACACACUGCUGAAUCAGCCAAGAAGUCCCGUAGCAGCAUCCUACAGCGCCAGAGGGGUGUAGAGGAGGAGGAGGAGGAUGAAGAGGAGGAGGAUGAGUCAGAGAUAGAGGCUCAGCAGAGCAGGCAAUCCUACGCCUCUCAAUACGCCCAAAUACUCAGACAGAAGAACUGAUAGAUUGGGGGUACACACAAAAAUGCACCCACAAAGACACACACACACACAAACAGAGAGAGAAAGACACUGCGUCUCUUCACACACAUGUACACACACAUUCAGAUAUCCGUAUAGAUCUGCUGACAGAUGAGAAUAUGUAGUCAGUGUCUGUUGUCAGGUAAAGUCAAUACUCAGGGUAUGUACCGUACUGCAAUAGAUCUAUUGAUGACUGUGCAGAUGUGUUCCUAUACAGGGUUUGCAGUAAGUUGUUCUGCAAAUAAUUAUUUGUCAAUGGAGGCAUUUGGCACUUAAGACAGACUGCAAUCAUUUGUAAUCAGUCAUAUCUGAGGUAAAGCUGAGGAGUGGUAAUGUUUUCACAUUUUAUAAUUAAAAACAAAUCGAUGUUCUGUAAUGGUUGUUAUUUCCGUUGUGUUGGAAUGGGAAGAUGAAAAAUACAGUAUAUUCCUAGAUAUAAAUGUAAACAUAUCAAAUAAAUUGACCCAUUUGCA